GAUCAGCUGUCGAGUGAAUGACUGGUCGGUUUGCGCGCGCUGCGCGGAAUUCUCGCUGUUCGAUCGCGCGCAGAAGACACAUAAUCGCAUGCGCCAACGCAUAGUGACGCAAGCGACCGCCCACACCAAAGACUAAGCGACAGUAUUCGCGCGUCGUUUUGUGCGUGCAUCGCAUUGCCUCUGUGGGGACGACUUCGAGAAUUUUUGUUUAUUUUUAUUCUUGAUCGCCAAUUGGUUCUGGGCUCGCGAUGGCGGGUGGGGAUGCACGUUGGGGUUGCUGCGAGAGUGGAAAUGAGGCAAAUUUACAGGAAAAAUUUCUGCUGUGUUCAACUUGCGGGAGGUCUUACCACUACUUCUGUAUUUCCAUUAAAGAACCCCCUAAUAACAUUAGCGCUUGGAAAUGUCCGACUUGUAUGAGUAGUGCCCCGAAAGUGGGCCGAAGCGAUUCAACACCAAUACGUAACGUCUCGAUGAACAGGGGCCCUAAAAGGCAAGCCAUUGCCUCACCGUCUCCUCCCUCGUCGUCAAGUAAGGAAAAUGACAUUCGUUGUAUUAUAAAGGAAAUAAUAGGUGAAGAACUUAGCGAAAUGUUAGUCAGGAUAAAUGAAACAAUUGUUGGCACUAUCAGCAGAGAAUUGGAGCCGCUGAGGUUGGAAAUGCAGGGAAUGCGCGACUCAAUGUCCUUCAUGAAUGAAAAAUUCGAGGAAAUAAGGAAGAAACAGGAAAUCUCAAAUGAGCGUAUUAUGAAUUUGGAAGCGGAAAAUGCGGAACUGAAGGCAGCAAUGGGUGGCAUGAGCGAGAGAUUUGUCAACUUGGAACAGCAGUCCCGUUCAAAUAAUUUAGAAGUGCAAUGUGUACCUGAAAAUAAAAAUGAAAACGUAUACAAAAUAAUAACACAACUGGCACGUGUAGUCAAAUGCGAAAUUAGUGAUAAGGACAUCCCUCACUGCACACGUGUUGCUAAGUCCAAUUCUUCCAGUACUCGUCCCCGCUCAAUCAUUGUUCAGCUGGCAUCACCAAAGCUGCGUGAUCAACUACUUGCUGCAACUAUACAUUUUAAUAAGUCAAACCCACAAGAAAAGCUAAAUAGUAGCCAUCUUGGAUAUGCUGGACCUAAAUCUCCGGUAUAUGUUGCAGAGCACCUGUCACCAACUAACAGAGCCCUGCACGCAGCUACUAGGAUUAAAGCAAAAGAAAUGAACUACAAAUAUGUGUGGGUUAGAAAUGGCAGAAUAUUUGUGAGGAAAAACGAGGGCACCGAACAUAUUCAGAUUAGGAACAAUAGUAAUCUAAGUAGAAUGGUAUAACAUAGGAUGAUUUAUGUUUUUG